AGAACAAAUGCACGUGGUCUCCCUCAGGUCAUUAGAGUCCCUCCAGGAUCCAGUGGUACAGUCAUCACCCUUGUUUCCAUGGCAGUGGUUGGCGGUGUGCUGGUACUGGCAAUGGGAAUAGCUUGUUUCAGGCACUAUGGCCACCAUGUCGCCAAUGGUAAGCUCGGCUUGGGGCCAGAAGGAGGAGCAGACACACACUUUGACUACCAGGAGCUCUGUCGGCAGCACAUGGCAUCCAAAUCCUCUCUCUGCCGCCAAGAUUGUGUUGGCGGGUCAAGCAGUGGCAUGGCGGGACCUGCCACAGGAACUGGAGCUGGCGGACGGAGGGGCACAGAUACGUCCCGUGUGAGCAGCGUGUCCUCCCAGUUCAGCGAUGGCCCCCAGCACAGCCCGUCCUCCACUCACAGCUCUACCCCAUCCUGGAGCGAAGAGCCGGCCCAGUCUAAUAUGGACAUCUCCACAGGUCACAUGAUACUGGCGUACAUGGAGGAUCACCUGCGUAACAAGGAUCGGCUGCAGAAGGAGUGGGAGGCUUUGUGCUCCUAUCAGGCUGAGCCCUGCUCUGUAGCUGUGGCUCAGGAGCCUGCCAACAUGGAUAAAAACCGUCACGCUGAUGCCCUCCCCUAUGAUCACUCUCGUGUGAAGAUGAAGCCAGAAGUAAACCCAAAUAAACAAGAUUAUAUCAACGCCAGUUUUAUCUUCGAUCAUGACCCUCGCCAACCCGCCUAUAUUGCCACACAGGGCCCCCUGCCCCACACCGUUGCAGAUUUCUGGCAGAUGGUUUGGGAGAAUGGCUGCACAGUAAUCGUGAUGAUGACGGCUCUGGUGGAAGAUGGAGAAAAGCAGAGUGAAAGAUACUGGCCUGAUGAAGGUUCUUCACUCUAUCACAUUUAUGAGGUGAAUCUGGUAUCAGAGCAUAUCUGGUGUAAGGACUUCCUGGUGCGCAGCUUCUACUUAAAGAACGUCCAGACACAGGAGACGAGAACAUUGACACAGUUUCAUUUGCUUAGUUGGCCUGGUGAUGGUAUUCCCACUUCUACAAGACCGCUGCUCGACUUUCGCAGGAAGGUGAAUAAAUGCUACCGAGGUCGAUCCUGCCCUAUCAUUGUUCACUGCAGUGAUGGGACAAGCAGGGCUGGCACAUACAUUCUCAUUGACAUGGUGCUGAAUCGCAUGGCUAAAGGGGUGAAGGAGAUUGAUAUCGCAGCCACACUGGAGCACAUCAGAGACCAGAGGCCUGGACUGGUUCGCACCAAGGACCAGUUUGAGUUUGCGCUGACAGCCGUUGCUGAGGAGGUGAACGCCAUUUUGAAAGCUCUGCCACAGUGAGAUCCAGCAGUUGAGGAACAUGGCCACCAGACAUGGAGGCACCUCAAAAUACAUGUUUCAAAGGAAAUAUUUAUUGGAUCUCUUUGAUCUAGGUGGAGACAAGGGUAUACACAGUCCCAGAAAUGUCGAGCCUCAUUUUCUGUUC